AUGGUGUUGGCAGAUUUAGGGCGUAAAAUCAAUGGGGCUAUUCAGAACAUGUCCAAGGCCAAUGUCGUCGACGACAAGGUCGUUGAUGACAUGCUGAAAGAAAUCAGUAAUGCGUUGAUGGAGUCCGAUAUCAAUAUUAAACUUGUCAUGAAUCUUCGCAAGAAUGUCAAGGCUACAGUUAGUCUUGAUGAAAAUACUGGUGCUGUCAAUAAGAAGAGAACCAUUCAGAAGGCUGUCAUGGAUGAACUCACUCGACUUGUCGAUCCAGGUGUAGAGGCAUGGAAGCCAAAGAAGGGAAAAGCGAACGUGAUCAUGUUUGUCGGCCUUCAAGGAAGUGGAAAGACAACAACCUGUACUAAGUUGGCAUCAUUCUAUCAACGCAAAGGAUGGAAGACCUGCUUGGUCUGUACAGAUACAUUCCGUGCUGGUGCUUUUGAUCAAUUAAAGCAGAAUGCCACCAAAGCAAAAAUUCCAUACUACGGAAGUUAUACAGAGACCGAUCCUGUUCAGCUUGCACAUGAGGGUGUAUCAAAGUUCAAGAAGGAAAACUUCGAGAUUAUCAUUGUUGAUACAUCUGGUCGUCAUAAGCAGGAGCAGGAGCUAUUCAACGAAAUGCAGCAGAUUUCCUCCGCAGUGACCCCCGAUAGCACUAUAUUUGUCAUGGAUGGUACAAUCGGUCAAGCUGCUGAUGGACAAGCACGAGCUUUCAAAGAAGCUGCCAAUGUCGGGUCAAUCAUUGUUACAAAGAUGGAUGGUCAUGCCAAAGGAGGAGGAGCCAUUUCAGCUGUUGCCGCAACCAAAUGCCCAAUCAUUUUUAUCGGAACAGGAGAGCAUAUGCAUGACCUUGAACGAUUUGCACCGGGGCCUUUUAUUUCAAAAAUGAUGGGAAUGGGUGACAUCAGCGGAUUGAUGGAGACUGUUCAAGAUUUGAAACUGGACCAAAACAAAGAUUUGAUGAAGAAGUUGGAGCAAGGACAAUUCAGCAUUGGCGAUAUGUACGAACAAUUUACAACCAUUCUGAAAAUGGGUCCUCUGAGUAAGGUGAUGGGCAUGAUGCCGGGAAUUCCUCCAGAGCUAUUGGCUGGAUCAGAUGCAGAAGGCGGUAAUCGUAUUAAACGCUUUAUGUGUAUCAUGGACAGCAUGAGUGCUAAAGAGCUGGCUGGUGAGGGUAAAGAGUUUGUAGAUGAACCAAAGCGCUUGGUUCGUGUUGCUCGUGGAUCAGGCACGUCAGUUGCUGAGGUAGAGACGUUGCUUCAACAGUACAAGACAUUCGCUGCAAUGGUCAAGAAGAUGGGAGGUCAGAACGGCCUGCUAAAGAACAUGCAGGGCAUGCAGCAGGGAGGCGCUGGAAAUCCCAUGUUGAACAACAACAGGAUGCAACAGGCGAUGAAGCAACUCCAGAGUGGUGCAAUUCCCAACAUUCCUGGCAUGAAUGGUAUGGAUAUUCAAGGCAUGAUCAACCAGAUGGGUGGCAUGUCUGGUGUACAAAACAUGAUGAAGAGCAUGAUGGGAGGAGGAGGUUUCCCUGGUAUGCCUGGUAUGGGCGGCGCAGGAGGUUCAGGGAGUGCAGGCGGCAUGCCCGACUUUUCACAAAUGGCCAAGAUGAUGAAGUCGAUGGGUAUGGGCUAA